CUCGCGGCAGAAUCAAUCACGACGUUUCGUUUUUUUUGUUGCUGUAAACCGCAAACCAUUCAGCGUGCCGGGAGGCCUGACGAGCGACGGAAUUAGUUUUCACCUUUUCGAACGAUGGCGCACCGAAAACCGUUGGCAGUGCUGUUGGCUGCCGUUUGGGUAGUUUUAUUACAAACGGGCGAAGUGCGUUCCAUCGUCGGCGGCCAUACGUCACUGCCCGGAGACGCUCCUUACGUCGUGGCGGUGCGGCUGGCAAGCGGCGGCUCCUAUCUCCUAUGUUCCGGAGUGCUGGUUAAGGCGAACUGGGUGCUGACCACCGCCCGGUGUGUGAGCGAACGUACCGAAGCGGAUCUGGCGGUUUUGGCCGGCUCUCACCGUCUGCUGACCAACAAGGCUCUGGGUACAGUGAGCAAAGUUGUGCGACACCCGUCCUACGAUGCCACGAGUGGGGCGCACAAUUUGGCGUUGCUACAGCUGACGACAGCAUUGUCGGUAUCUCCGGUUGUUCUGAACGAUGCCAGCGUGACGACGGGAGCGGUCACAGCAUUCCACGGCUGGGGAUCGCUACGCUACGGAACUACGUCGUACUCGAACGAAUUGCAGACACUGUACCAGCGUGCGCUGUCCGCCGUAGACUGCCGAGCACAGAUCGCGAGCCUGGCCGAGGGCGAUGUGUGCGCCAUGAUUCAACCGGGCCAGGCAGCGUGCAGUCGGGAUGAAGGAGGUCCUCUGGUGCUCUACGCCUCUAAGAAGCUGGCAGGUAUAUUCAGCUACGGCACGCAGUGUAGCGGACGGGUUCCGGACGUUUUCGUCGACGUGUACACCCACAAGGCGUGGAUUGAAGCCACGGCUGUGUGAAUGCCACUUGGAUCCGGCUUCUGUUUGGCUAACUGCGUUGAUGGAUUCCGAAUACAAAUAUCGGCUUUUUUUU